AUGUCGAAGACCAGCAUUGAGGACUUGCAGGAGCAGAUCAACGACCUCAAGUCGCAGGUGGUGAAGCAGCGGGCAAUCAUCGCCAAGACGGCGCAGCAGAUGCUCAGCAUGCAGGUGAAGGACACGAAGCAGCACAUGGACUCGAUCCCAGACCCGCUGGGGCUCGGCGGGGCUGGAAAGGCGGGCGGCGGGGCGGCCGGGGCGGCGGCAGCGGUGGACACGGCGGACUUCGCCACGAACGAGGACCUCGUGCAGCUCGUGGGCGAGUUGCAGGGCCAGUUGAACCUGCUCGAGCAGAAGUCGGUGCUCCGGACGGUGAACUCGCACCAGCACCGGGACAGCGACGUGCUCUUGGCGUUGCCGAACCUCGACGGCGACAUGCCGGCCAGCGAGGUGUUCCCGCACUCGGUGGCGGAGUUCGUGAACCUGGGCGACGACGUGGUGGUGCAGCUGUGCAAGUUCUACCAGUUGCUGCCGCCCACGCUCGAGGAGCGGGCCCGGAUGCAGGCGUUUGUCGAGGGCAAGAUCGCCAGUCCGAACGAGCCGCUCAACGGCGACUACGAGCCGCCCGCAGACGACUACCCGCCCGAGACGCUGGCCGAGCUCUUUGUGGAGCUCGCCAACUUCAUCGGCGUGUCGCACAUCAAGAAGAGAGAGGACUGA